UUUCACAAUCGUUCGUCAACAAAAAUUGUUGUACAAAAUUCAAAGACAAAAAAAAACCCCGACAUAUAUGCAUAUUAAAUAAAACGCCGAAUAUAAAACCAUUUGGCUAUUAAAUUAUUUGUAAAACAAAUUCAAAACAAACUAAAAUAUGGACGCUGCUUCAGGUCAGGGCAUGGUCAUCAAAAUGGCACAAAAGAAUAAGGAAACACAAACUGGUAAACUGGGUGGCGUCGAUUGGCUAACAUCGACCUCAAAUAUCGAUGGACACGAGCCGAAUCCAAUGCCGGGCAUAAGUCGCAUCUCCUGGCAGUUCUUUAAGGAUCGCGAGGAGGAGCUCUAUCGCUAUGCCUGCCAGCUAAAAGGGAUACGCGUGCAGCGCGAGGAGGAUGGAGAUGAGGAGGGUGAGUCCAUUGGCUCCGAGGAGGAUCCACCAUCGCCACAUUAUCGUUACACACUCGACGAAAUGAAGAGCUACAAUCCCUAUCGUUUUAUUAACUUUAAACGCUAAACAGGAACGAGCAAGAGCAAACGCAACAGCAACAGCAAAAGCAACAGCAAAAGCAGCAGUCAGAAACCAAACCAAUCAAUAUAAGAAGCAACAGCAAAAUACGCAGAAGCAACAGCAAAAUACAGAGAAGCACACAAAUAACGAAGAAACCAAGCAACGAAGCAACCAAUCAACCAAGUAACCAGAAAAGCAGCAACAACGUCUACACUCUACACCGAGUUAAGAGUUUGUUACCCCCUACUUACUUUUGCUCACACUUUUUACACUUUCACACGAUUUAACAUCAGAGUAUGGCAAGCAAAUGUAUUCAGAAGAGCGGAUCUAUCAUUACAAGCUAAUUGUAAUAUUUCAGGCGGAGAACAAUUGAUAAUUGUCAACAAAGUUACACUGCACAAUGUUUAUUUAUUGUUUUUAUACUUUUUACAUUCGCACUGUUUUACAAAUACCAGAUUAGCGGCAAAUAGGAACCAAUCUGCGAUUAUUGUAAAACAUAUUCAAAACAAUUAAAGAUUGUUCAUAAAUGGUUAUUCAUGCCAACCAAA